AUGAACAUCUUCAAGAAGAAAACCUCCGCCAAAGGUCAGCAUUCUUCUGGGUACCUCUUGCUCUGUUUCUCUCUUUUAGAUCGUGGGUUGUUUAGAUGUUCUUCUGUUUUUCCUCGAGUGUGUUUCACUGAGGCCCGAAAUUUUCGAGGUGGAGAUCGUGGGUCCUGUCACUUUUUGAACGCUGUUAAGGCUCAUGGAGUUGAUCUCCUACUUGUCACGGUCAUGGUCUGGUUUCUCUUGAAAUAUUCGUUCUAUUAUUAUUAUUAUUAUUAUUCGUUUUUUUUUCUUUUCUUUCAAGAAGUCAAGUUCUGGUUUCUGUUGAAUUAUUUGCUUUAAUUAUUUUAUAUUUUUAAUUUUCUAGAAGUGCCCAGAUUUUAUUUAUUUUAUUAAUUUUUCCUAUCCCCCUUUCUACGGUUUAUUUCAUGAAUAGCUUUUCUGUUUUGGUUUCAUUAUCCGAUGUACUCUCUCUGCCCUAUUUUAUCCCUAGGCUUUACUGAUAGAGUCGGCUGCUGGUCUUGCUAUUAUACAGAUGAACUCAGAGCAAGCAAAAGGGAAAUGUCCGUGGCAACUAGAGGUAGAUUUCAGACCUAUUGUCGAUCUAAGUAAUCCUUUUUUCCUUAAAUUUUUAAAUUUUAUUCUUUGAUGGUGAGCAAAUUAUCUCUAGGUAUGGAGCUUAUUUGUCGUUAUUAUCUCUCAUUUGCUCGUCAGCCAUUUGUUUUUAUGUAAAUAACACUCAACUUAUCUCCCUAGAUUAUCCUUCUCCAAAUGCCUCUAUUUCGUACUGUUAUAGAGCUUUGAUAGAAAGUAGGAGCCGAGUUAGGUUUUGGAAAUUUAUCCAAACUAAGGAUUUUUUUCCUACAAAAUUUCAAUGAUUCACAAUGAAAUUAAUUCUAAUAAACUCAUCUAUUCUUGCUUUGUUUCUCACUUUCUUAUUUAUUCAGGAAUUGAGAGGGAGAUUGGAGCUCUACAGCUAGAGGUUUGCAAUCGGUUGGUUCUUUUAUAAUUGAUGCCAUGCUCCCUUAAGUAAAAAAAAUGAUGUCGCAGGAGAAAAGGCUGGUGGCUGAAAUAAAGAAGACUGCAAAAACAGGGAAUGAGGUAGGUUUCUAUGGAUCCUAUCCCAAUGUUUAUACUCAUAGGAUUGUAUUUAUUUGAUCUUAUGGAGGCACAUUAUGUUCCCAGAGACAUCAUUAAGUUUUUAGUCUAUCCUUGGAUUUUGAGGAAUCUUGUGCCUUGUACAGGCUGCCACCAAGAUAUUGGCCCGCCAACUGAUACGAUUGAGGCAGCAAAUCACCAAUCUUCAAGGUACCCGUGCACAGAUCAGAGGUGUCGCUACUCACACACAGGUGGAGGGCCUAAAUAGAAAUAAGGACUUGCAUUAGUAAUUUAAAAUCCCCCUUUCUUGCUCUCUAACUGACUCUCUUGAUAUCUUACUUAGGCGAUGUAUGCAAGCACUUCAAUCUCUGUGGGAAUGAAAGGUGCAAGCAAAGCCAUGGCUGCGAUGAAUAAAGUAUGCUCAGUUAGCUUUUCCUGCAAACAAUUAUGGAACCUGAAUUUUUUCUUUAAUUAUGCAAUCAGCCGAAAUUACUAAUUUCUAAUUUCCUGGCAAUCUUUUUUGGUUGCAUCCUAGCAAAUGGAGCCUGCAAAACAGGCCAAGGUGGUGAGAGAAUUCCAGAAGCAAUCAACACAGAUGGAUAUGACGGUAUGGAGGCCUAUAAUAUACGUUAUAUUUUAGAUAUUAUUUUAUUACUCUUGGCUUGGAGUUUAUCUGAUGUGAACGGCCUUCAGCAAGAUCAUCAUUGAUAAAUUGAUUAUAUACAUUAAAACAGGUUCCCUCCUAUAGUAGUUGUGCUGCUGCUGUUUUUACCGUCAUCAUUUGAAUUAAUGAGAAAUAUUUCAAUAAAGGGGAGAUAAAAAUCAGAUCAGCGAGUAAUUUAUCUGAAUCUGAAUGUGCUCUUUCAUUAUCUCAUGGCGAAGAUGUAUCUUUACAAAACUCUCUGAGACCGGAAGGCCAGUAUCAUUUUAGGAGUUUUAAAGAUAAUAGAACCAGAAGCUUUCCCCUUUGGAUUCCUCAGAGAUUAAUUCUAAACGAGCGUCAGUGACUGCUAGUAGUGCACUCAGUGUAACUUAAUGAAAAAUAUAUGGAAACGACACCAUCAACUCUCUGUAGGUUAUCAGGACAAAACAAUUUGUAGGGUUCAGGGUUAGAUGAUGGGUCAGAUAAUUUCCAUUUCAUUUUAAAAGUUCAAUGUUAGUUCGGGAUCCCUGAUACGGAUUUCAUUUAAGGCUCCCAGUUAUUCAUAUUUCAUAAAAUUUUCUUAUAAAUGUUUCUGCCUGACCUGGCGAGUCAAUCUGGGCUUGCAGAUUGAAAUGAUGUCAGAGGCCAUCGAUGAAACUCUGGACAAAGAUGAGGCUGAAGAAGAAACAGAAGAGCUCACUAGUCAAGUAAUUUUCUCUUCGUGCUUGUUUAAUAUUGGAACUAUUCAAAAAUUAGAUUUAACUGCUUUUUCUGUGAGCAAUUUGAGCGCAAUCUUCAAAUAUGUGAUUUCUCUUAUUACGAUUUUCCAUUAUCUUCAGGUACUUGAUGAAAUUGGUGUGGACAUCGCAUCACAGGUGGGUUUGUUCGUUUUUUCGAUCAUUCAUAUAUUGUUUUUAAACGGACACAUUUAUUUUACAUUAUUUAAAUUAUUUUGACCUUUUAUAGCUAUCUUCGGCUCCCAAAGGACGAAUUGCAACAUCCAAGAGAGUUGAGAACCCACAGAGGUACCCAUUUAAUUUAAUAUUUCCGAUAUUGACUCAGUGGUUUGUGAUAAUUGAAGAAUCAGUUGGUAGACUUGCCGUCUAGUCAUUAGGUAGGUGCAUUUCUAGAGGUGUCUUAAUGCAGUUAGCCUUGUUUAUUUAAUUUAAUCAUUUAUAAUCUCACAAAUGGGAAAUUGAAGUUCUUGAUCCAUACUGGUGCUUCCUAUUUAGUUUGUUGUUUUUCCUCCAUUACUCAUUAAUUAUAAAAAAAAUUCUAUUUUCUGCAAUAUUUGGGCGGUCAGUGGAGAAAAAAAAAAGGGUAGAAACCAAUAAUUCUUGCUCCAUUGUUUUACGCUCUUUUCCAUGAAGCAUCACCCAAAGCCGGACCUGGCUGACUAUUUUCUAGGCUGGGGUCGCACAAAUAUGUCCGGAAUGGAAAGGGACAAUUCAAACAUUGCUCUUUAUGUGGAGCAGGGAUGCUAAAAAAUGGGCCCAUCCAACUCAAGUCCAAUUUUCAGUAACAAGGGUAGGGGUGGUUGUUUAAUCUCAGGUUAAAAUCUGCCCUUUUAAUAUAGGGCCGUUCCAACAAGUCUCACUUGCAGGAGUUGACUUUUUAUUGAGCUCCGAACUAAUGAACUAUGGUUCAAAUUAAUUUGCGAUUAAUGAUUUUACCACGAUUUUACCAGUCGCCUCUUUUGAUGCUUUAUCCUAACAAGGGGAAGAACAAUCCUCUCUCAUUGUCCGCACAUUUCACUUGUCUCUGACAUAUUGUAGGUUCUUCUUGAAAGACAAAGGAUGAUGGUCUAAUCCAGCCAAUCUUUCACUUAGUCCCUUCUUUCCAAUGCGGAUUUAGUUUUGUCACGGGGAAUUAACGGUUGACCUUUCGUUGACCUGUGUACUGAUUAACCGGUUGAGUUUAUUCUCGGAAUACUCUUAGAAGGGAAAGAAUUUAUCUUCUGCCCUUUAUUUACAUUUAAGCAAUGAGAUUUAUGAAGGGUAAACAUCCCCAUUCUCUCGUUCUUGUGCAGUGUGGCAGCUAGCGCCGAAGCUGCCCCCAGUGUUGAUGAUUUGGAGAAGAGGCUGGCAUCCCUCCGGCGCAACUGA